AUGAGCCUGAUGGGUGAACUUGCUCAGAUUCUACGCAUGGACCACGGAAACAACACGUCGGCGGCCCUCGCUUGGCUACAUGCACAUGGCAUCGACGCACUUUUUUCAACCACAAUCGAAGAAGAUGCUGGCCUGUCGCCUCAUUUUGCCACACCGCAUGUGGCGCCAGGUGGGCUUGGUUUGUCGUCGCCACAUAUGUACAAAGACAACGAUGCCAUGGCGUUUUACCGCCGCAUUUUGUCUGAUGCGCUACAGGCGCUGCCUCCAUUGCACAGGUGGCAUAUGCCCACAAUUGCGCCAGUCUCUUCAGGCGACAGAGAGCGGCUGGUUGAGCAAGUCCUGGAUUUCGAGACAAGGCUUGCUCACAUCCACCCAGCGAUACCUGCGUCGUUGGCCGAUCCACUGUCGACGUACCAUGCUAUGACAACGCGAGAGCUCGAGUUUAUGGCACCAGGCAUUCGUUGGCAAACAUACAUGCACGAAUUGAGUCCCAGCAUGCUUCCCCACAAAGUCAUCGUUGCGAAUACGAGGUACAUGGUGCAGCUCAGUGAGCUAGUGCAGUCGACGCCUACUUUGACACUUCACACCUACAUGUACUGGAGCGUCAUCCGCGAUGCUGGGAGGUAUCUGGGUCCGCACGUGCCACUUGGGUCUCCUGCACGUCAAUUGCACAACUUCAAUGCAGGACUCGCUUACGACGCGACGCACCCGCAGGUAUCGACCUGUGUUGCGUCCGUGACGGCGGCACUCGGCUACAUGGCUGGGCGCUUCUUCGUCGAACAGGCUUGGGACGCGCAGAGUCAAAAUGCAGCGAUGGAGCUGGUGACGUCGAUCCGUUCUGCUUGGCAUCAUAGCCUGUCUCGCAUCAGCUGGCUCGAUGCAAAGACACGCGAACGUGCGCAAGCGAAAGUGCAGAACUUGGCAUUGAACAUUGGGUAUCCGAAGAGGCAGCCGGACUCAAACGAUGCUGAAGCUGUCAAGAAAUGGUAUGAGGACUUGCCUGUGGCUUCGUCCUACUUCCUGAAUGAGAUGGCAUCCCGCAUGUAUCGCACGCGCCUUGCAUGGAUGCGCUUGGGUGGUCAAGUGAACUCUGGUGGCUUCGGCAGUCUGGUAACGACGGAUGCCGAGGCCGAGUACCACCCUAUAAGGCACGAGGCUGUGUUUCCCGCUGGCUUGUUACAGCCGCCGUACUUUGACCGUGAGUGGCCCAUGUACCUGCAGUAUGGAGCAGCUGGCACCAAAGUAAGUCAUACACUUUCGCAUGCCUUCGGUCCACCUGGCCGCUUUUAUGAUCGCAAUGGCAUCUUGUUUGACUGGUGGACGCCUCAAACAGCUCAUGCAUAUGAAGAAUACGUGCGCUGCGUCGAGACCCAAGCAAAGCAGGAUCGGAAAGAGCAGAAACGACUCCGGAAGGAGCGCAAGCGCCAGCAGAAGCAGCAGAGACAUCAGGAGAGGAACGAGGAGAAGCGAAAGAUUCGCGAUGAUGUGCACCGUCAAUCAAUCUCUCUGCAGCAGCCGUAUGUCGUCCAUGCCUCACCUUCCACUCUUCGUUCCACCAGCGUGCCACGCAUGCUGCGAAACGCAUCGGCUGCCGAGACUGUGGCUGAUGUACAUAGCCUUGCACGAAGCUACGAGGCAUGGCUUGAUCAGCUUCAAAAAGGCGAUCUCGCCGUGUAUUAUCGCAACUUGCGACUCCCUGGCCUGCAAGACUACACGCACAAGCAGCUCUUUUUCAUCGCCUUUGGUUCUACGUGGGCACGCAGUGUGCUGUCAGGUCGAGCAUCGGCACAGCCAGGAUACCGGCAUCAGACAGAUGCACACGCACCUGCUGCUGUUAAGGCGCGUGUGAAUGCUGCGCUGGUGAAUUUUGCUCCAUUUGCAGAUGCCUUCCACUGCAGCCCUGAUAAGCACGCGAUGGCACGUCGAACAGAAGAACGCUGCGAUGUUGGGUAG